AUGUGGUGUUCCUAUUGCAUGAAGUCCUACUUGGAUGCCAAUUUGACUCCCUUGUGUGAUAAGUUGUCAAAACAAUAUGGAAACAUUUUUACUAUGUGGAUGGGAAAUUUACCAGUAGUUGUUUUGUCUGGAUUUGAAGCUGUGAGAGAAGGACUGGUUGAUCACUCGGAAGAAUUCUCAGAGCGGCCGCAGACUCCAUAUAGUUCACUGAUAGGAAGAGGAAAAGGUAUUGUGCUUUCAAAUGGACAUGUCUGGAAGCAACAGAGACGGUUUGGCCUAGUUACAUUGCGGAAACUUGGAGUGGGGAAAAAAAACAUGGAGGCCCAAAUAGAAGAGGAAUCCCAACAGCUGGUAGAGGUUUUUGCACACAAAAAAGGGCAGCCAUUUGAUCCUGCAUUGCCCAUUACCAAUUCAGUCUCCAACGUGAUAUGUGCUGUGACCUUUGGAUACCGGUUUUCGCUUGAAGAUGCAACCUUCAAUAAACUGAUAGAUGCCCUUGCAUAUACCUUAAAAUUUGCAGGCAGUCUCUUUCAUUUGCUAUAUGAAAUUUUGCCAUGGCUCAUGAAGCAUCUUCCUGGGCCUCACAAAGAGGCAUUUCGUGCGACAGAGAUGCUGCUUUCAUUAGCAAAGACAGAAAUACAGAAACAUAAGGAGCAAAAGUCCUUUCAGGAGCCACGGGAUUUAAUUGAUUUUUACCUGCUUGAAAUGGAGAAAGAUCAGAAGAGGAAUGAUUCUACUUCCACAUAUGAUGAAGAGAACCUGGCUCAGAAUAUUCAUGACUUAUUUAUUGCUGGAACAGAAACAACUGCCACUUCUCUAAAAUGGGCAAUCCUUCUUUUGACAAAUCAUCCAGAUAUUCAAGAUAAGGUCUACAAGGAAAUAGAAGAUGUUUUGAGUUCCUCUUCCUUCAGCUAUCAAGAUCUAAAGAAGCUCCCUUAUACAAAUGCUGUACUUCAUGAGAUCCAGCGUUCAAAAUAUCCCUUGUUAUUUGGGCUCCCAAGGCAAACAGCCAAAGAUGUGAAGAUGAGAGGUUGUCUCAUCCCUAAGGGGACAGCUAUUAUGCCAAAUCUACGCUCUGUUCUUCUUGAUCCUGAGCAUUGGAAGUCUCCUGAAAAGUUCAAUCCAAAUCAUUUUUUGGACCAGGAUGGACAUUUUGUUGCUAGAGACGAGUAUCUGAUAUUUGGUGCAGGGGCUCGGGUGUGUUUGGGGGAGCAGCUGGCAAGGAUGGAGUUCUUCAUCUUCUUGGUCAGCCUUCUGAGGGUCUUCCGCUUCCAGCUGCCUGAAGGAGUCAAAGAACUUAAUGAAGAACCUGGAAUAGGACUGACCACCUUGCCCCAUCCUUAUAAAGUGUGUGCUGUUCCUCGCUCUAGUUCAUCAUAAAACAUUCAAAAAUGAUUACAAUGGCUUAUACUUGAUUGCUGUCAUUUUAAACCAAAUUAACAUUUUAUUUGUUAUUUCCAAGUUUUAUCAUGUACACAAAACCUGAAUCAUGCCUGUGAUAUAACUCAAUUAUAAAGAGAUUCUGUAUCAUUCUGUUUUUCUUUCCCCCACCC